AUGGAGGCCACGGCGGUUGUGUCUUCGAGCGUCGCUGCGGCUUCCCCACGCGGCGAAGCAUCAUUAGCAAUAGACGAUGAUGAGCUCCUGCUUGCUCCCGACUAUGCUGCUGCUUCCCGCGGUUCUGGAGGCUCUAGGGGUGCCACAAUCGACGCUGCAGUGCACCGCUUCCCGUUCUGCAUCGUGUGGUCUCCCAUCCCCAUUCUCACGUGGUUCCUGCCCUUCAUCGGCCACUUAGGCCUCGCCGACAGUAAAGGGGUCAUCUUCGACUUUGCUGGGCCUUACACUAUCGGCCGGGACGACUUCGCGUUUGGUGCCCCCACGCGCUACUUGCAGUGCACAGUGGCGCCUGAAGACGUGGCCAAGUGGGACGAGGCUGUGGCUGCAGGCUGCAAGAUCUACGAGAAGCGUAUGCACAACUUGUGCUGCGACAACUGCCACUCGCACGUGGCGGUGUGUCUGGAGCACGCGGACUACGCCGGCCGCAAGCGGUGGAACAUGGUGGAGCUGUGCUUCUGGAUGUUCAUCCGAGGCAAGUACGUGAGUGUCGCGGGAUUCGUCAAGUCCUGGCUUCCUUUCGUGUUCGUGCUGGCGGUCAUUGCGAUUGUUCGAUCCACGGCCUAA